AUGUAUCGCAAGCAGCUCGGGUCUCUUUUCUUGACCACUGCGGCUGUGAUCGUGCCCGUGGUGACGGGACUCGGCCAGCAGCCCGUCAUCAGCUUCACCAGCGUAGAUGGCGCCGUUCAGCUCGCAGGCGGCUCUAUAGCCGCGCCGCAGAUUCUGGUUGCCGACAAUGAAUACUGGGGCGUCAUUCGCGCCGCUGGAGAUUUGGCCAAGGACUUUGGUCGUGUCACUGGGACAAAUUAUACGCUUAGCAAUGGCAAUGCCGAUGCGAGCCCUGCGUCUUAUGAGUAUCAUCCUGCUGCCGCAAAUUUCACAGUGUACUCGACCAAUGGCACAGCAUAUUUUUCAGGACCCGAAUACUCGGACCCCUCCGCCGCCGAUACCGUAAUCAUCGCCGGAACGAUCGGACAUUCCCAGAUCAUUGACGACUUGAUCGCAAGUGGCAAACUUGACGUAUCAGAGAUUCAAGGUCAAUGGGAAUCCUUUGUGUCAAAAGUGGUAGACAGCCCAAUCAACGGCUCCGAAAGCGCCGUCGUGAUUGCCGGCAGUGAUCCGCGCGGUGUCAUCUUUGGUCUCUACGACAUUAGCGAGCAGAUUGGCGUCAGCCCGUGGUACUGGUGGGCAGAUGUACCGAUUCGACAAAACAAGGACAUCUGGUUCCUACCAGAGGGCAAAGUCCAGGGACCACCUUCGGUGAAAUACCGCGGCUUCUUUCUCAAUGAUGAACAACCUGGCCUGUCUGGGUGGGUGCGUUCAAACUACCCAGACACUCCCUUUGGAGAUGGCUACAACAAGGACUUUUAUGCAAACGUCUUUGAGAUCCUCUUACGACUGCGCGCCAACUACCUGUGGCCGGCACUAUGGGGCACCAUGUUCGAGGUCGAUGAUCCUGCAAACCAACCUCUGGCUGAUGCAUGGGAAAUUGUUCUGGGGAGUUCCCACACUGAGCCCAUGAUGCGCGCUCAGAAUGAGUUUGGUACCUUUUACAUCAAUGAAGGUCUCGGCCCGUGGGCGUACAACUUAAACAACAAGACAAUCGACGAAUACUUUGUGUACGGCGCCCAACGAGCCAAGCCAUAUGCGCGAAACAGCCUAUGGACCAUGGGCAUGCGCGGCACGGGCGACACGGCCAUUGAAGGCCUGGGCAACCAAGCCAUCGUGAGCAUGCUCGAGACGUUGGUCGCACACCAGAGACAGAUCAUCGAGGACGUUCUCGAGACCGACGUUACCGACGUGCCGCAAAUGUGGUGUCUGUACAAGGAGGUGGCGAGCUACAUUCUCGACGGUCUCGAGGUGCCCGACGACAUUACGCUGCUGUGGGCCGACGACAACUGGGGCAACGUGCGCCGGGUCCCGCUCCUCAACGAGACGGGCCGGGCCGGCGGCGCGGGCGUGUACUAUCACUUUGACUAUGUCGGCGACCCGCGCAACUACAAGUGGAUCAACACGAUUCAGCUGCAAAAGACGGCCGAGCAGAUGCAGCUUGCCCAUGCUCACGGUGCCGACCGCAUCUGGAUCGUCAAUAUCGGCGACCUCAAACCGCUUGAGCUUCCUCUCAGCCACUUUCUCGAUAUUGCUUAUGAUGCUGACAAGUGGGGUGUCGAUAACACGACCGACUGGCUCACGGCUUGGGUCGCCCGUGAGUUUGGCCCGGAUUUCGCGGAAGAAAUCACCGAUGUUCUCACGCGGUACGGCAUGUACGCUGCACGGAGAAAGUAUGAGCUGAUUGAGCCGUACGUAUAUUCAGUCGUCAACUACAACGAAGGAGAUGCCAUCUUGGAACAAUGGGACGCUCUUGCUGCGGAUGCGCAGUCCAUUCAUGACAAGCUGGAUGAGAAUGAACAGGCGGCCUUCUUUGAAAUGGUCUUGCAUCCGGUCCUUGGUGGGCAGAUUGUCCACAAGGUGCAUAUCGGCGCUGAGAAGAAUGCCGUCUAUGCCAACCAGCACCGAAGCUCUGCUAAUGACGUGGCGAUGCAAGUUUUGGCAGACUUUAAUGCCGAUGGGGAUUUGACGGCGCAAUGGGAUAGUCUGUUGGAUGGCAAGUGGGAGCACAUGUUGGAUCAGACCCAUUUUGGUUACGAUGGAUAUUGGCAACAGCCAAUGAGGAACGUUGCCCCGGCCUUGUCCUUUGUCCAAUUCGCAGUCUCUGCAGUCUCGGGAUCCGUGGGUAUAGCAGUCGAAGGACUCAAUGCCAGCAUUCCCGGCGACGACAAAUACCACACCAACUCUGGAAAAUACCUGACACUGCCACCACUCGACCCCUACGGUGUUGCCACGAGAUGGUUCGACGUCUUUUCCCGAGGCACUGUAUCAUGCGACUGGCAGGCAGAAACAGACCAGCCUUGGGUCAAACUCUCUCAGUACAGUGGCACGGUUGGGCCUAAUAAUGGCACAGAUACUCGUGUUUAUGUGUCUAUAGACUGGGCUUCGGCGCCGCAGAUUGUCAACAACACUGUCAGCAACAUCAACUUUACUACAGGAUGUGGCCACAGCGGGUUUGCGACUUGGUACGGCUCCCCAUAUAUACAGUUACCAAUCAAUCUCCGCAGUGUCCCAUCCAACUUCACAACCGGGUUUGUGGAGUCUGACAAGUAUAUUGCCAUUGAGGGUCCCAACUAUCAGAGGAUCUACACACCGUUGAGUAACACCAGCUCCGACGUCACGUACCAUACUCUCAAGGACUAUGGACGGACAUACGGCGGUGUGACCCUAUGGCCACAGGACGCCGACCAGGUAACACCAGAGACUGGCCCGGCGCUCGAGUACGACCUGUACCUCUUUACCAACACCUCCAACGUCAACGUGACGCUGUACCUCAGCCCGACACAAAACUACCUCUCGGACCGAAACCCGCUCCACUUUGCCGUGUCGCUCUUCCCAAGCGGCGGCGCCGCAGCGCCCGCAACCACGGUACGCUUCAUAGGCGACAGCGUGGGCGCCGACCUGCCCCCAUCAUGGGGAUACGCCGUCGGCGACGCCGUCUGGGGCCACCACCCGAGCCACAACACCACGACGCGGUGGAACGUGACGCAGGAGGGCGCGCACACGCUGCGCGUCUGGGGUCUGGCGCCCAGCGUCGUGGUGCAAAAGGUUAUCGUCGACCUCGGCGGCGUGCGGCCUAGUUAUCUGGGCCCGCCCGAGAGUUUCUUGGUCGGUCGCGAUGUCGAGGGCGAGUUUAAUGUUACGAGUUUUGCCAACCAGGCUGCGGUGCUUGGUGCGCUUGGUAGCUAG